ACAAGUCAAGUAGGCAAAAGAUUCUCGCCCUCAGAUUUGUGAGAGACCAUAAAAGUGCCUUUCAGUUUUCUUAACUAGCAAAUCCCCCCCAGAUUGAGAGGGUGUUUGAGUUUCAAGCAAGAACUUAACAGUGAAGAAUGGAAAGUAUGAAGAAACAAGCAGCCAAACUCAGAGAGCAAGUUGCCAUGCAACAGCAGACAAUCCUGAAGCACUUGGGACAGUUGGGGCAUGAAGCUGUAAUGGUAGAUGAGUCCGAACUACAGUGUCAUCAACAACUUGAGAAACUAUACAGAUCCACCAGGGAUGCAAAGCAUUUCCAGAGGGAUAUCGUUCGUGGGAUGGAAGGAUAUAUCUCAACAAACAAAAAACAAAUGCAAAUAGUUAGAAAGUUGGGCGAGGAUUGUUGCAAAUAUGGGAUUGAGAAUGCUAGUGACGCUCCUCCUCUUGCAAGGGCUUCUUCUAACUUUGGUGUUUCACUUGCUUCAAUGGAAGACCAAAGGGAAAUUAUGCUCGGCAUUCUCGGACAACAGGUUUCUGAGCCGCUCCGGGCGUCAAUAGGUGGUGCUCCUUUAGAGGAUGCUCGUCAUUUGACCCGCCGUUAUGAUAGACUGCGCCAAGAGCUUGAAUCCCAGGCUGCUGAAGUAAUAAGACGCCAAACAAAGUUUAGAGACGCUUCUUCAGAGAGUUUAGGGAAGCUCAAGAAUGCAGAAGCAAGAUUGAGUGAGCUUAAAGCCUCAAUGUUGGUUAUUGGUAAGGAAGCCGUAGAUGCCUUGCUGGCUGUUGAGGAGAAGCAGCAACAAACAACUUAUGACAAGUUACUUAAAAUGGUGGAUGCUGAAAAAUCUUAUCACCGAAACGUUGUCUCUCUAUUGGAGAAACUUCAUUCAGAGAUGAGGACCGAAGAAGAAGGGCUAAAUGAGUCUUUGAUGCAAUCGUCAUCAUCAACUCGGCAAAAAGAGACACUUGAAGAUACAACUACUUCAAAUGGAUCUGCCCAUCAACAAUUUAAUGUCAAAAGUUGUGAUUUUUUUAUGGCAAAGGUGUUACACUCAUUUGAUGCUCAAGCAGAUGGGGAGCUGAAUCUUGAAGUUGAUGAUUAUGUUGUCGUUCGUCAGGUAGCCCCUCAUGGAUGGUCUGAAGGAGAAUGCAAUGGGAAAGCAGGUUGGUUUCCCUCAGCUUAUGUGGAAAAGACAAAACAAGCCCUUGGCCCCACUUUGACCGGACACGGGGACCACGAAGACGAAAGAAGAAAGAGAAAUAAUAUGAACUUGGCGUCCCUUUCGUUAAAAGAAAACGUGACAUGAUUUUUUAGCAGACGAAAAAUGAUAAGGGCGGGAAAUGUAAUUUUGGGAUAGAUGGAGUAUAUGAUUGAUCUUUGCUUCCCAAUAAUUAAAUAAAUAUCCAGUGGAGACAUGCAUUUUUUUUGUUUGUUGUGUAUUUACUUGUGUGAAAUUCUCAAUUGUACAGAGAGAUUGGAAACUCUUUCCCUAUUAUAGUGUCAAUUUUCUUGUAUAUAUAGUACUCCACUGGAGUAGUAAAGAUUUUAUUUUAUG